AUGUCUUUGGUGUUGGGAGGUGUUUUCGCCACGGUUUACGCCCUUUCAACGAUCCCUUCGUUCUUCACAGUCGAGAAGCUUGGCCGACGACCGCUGUUCCUCAUCGGUGCCUCUGGACAAGGAAUCUCGUUCAUCAUCACCAUGGCAUGCCUUGCUGCACCCGAUACCCCGAACAACGCCAAGGGAGCUGCCGUAGGUCUGUACCUCUACAUCUUCUUCUUUGCCUGGUCAGUGUUGCAGCUGCCGUGGGUCUAUCCGCCCGAAAUCUCGCCUCUGCGAACUCGUACAGCUGCGGUGUCGGUAUCUACGUGCACCAACUGGAUCUGCAACUUUGCGGUCGUCAUGUUCACGCCGCUCUUCAUCAGUUCAACGCGAUGGGGAGCGUACCUCUUCUUCGCGCUGAUGAACUUCAUCUGGAUCCCGAUCAUCUUCCUCUUCUAUCCCGAGACCGCUGGCCGACGACUGGAAGAGAUCGAUCUCAUCUUUGCCAAGGCGCACCUGGAGCACAAGCCGGCCUACCGAGUCGCCAAGGAGAUGCCCAAACUCAGCGCCGCCGAGAUCGAAGCCGAGGCCGAAAAGAUUGGUCUGUUCGAGGCAAUCAUCGACACGGAAGCUGGAUCUGCUUCUCCUGGUGAAGAGACAUCGAGCAGCAGGAGCGGACAUGCUUCGGACGCUGCGAGCGUUGCCAACAAGCCUCAGUGA